UGGCAGAACUUCAUAAAGAUAACAUGCAUCGAGCAAUUAAUAUUGGACAAGGAGAUGAACCAAUCACUAAUGAACAAGCUCCAAGCAGGGAAGAAGUCAUGAAAAUGUCAGGAUUGUGCAGAUCAAGACUGAGGACCCCUGUUGUUCCAUACAAUACAAGUCAGUAUCGAAGUGUCAUUGCACCACCAACUGCUCCCAUUUUAGUCAAACUUCCCAAGCGACUCAGAUUCAUUUAUUUUUGGGCACGCACUCGGAUGGUGCAGAGAGGGCUGAUGGUUUGUCUGGUAGUGUGGAUUUUUCUGGUGCUAUAUAAACUGGGAAUUGUGGACCAUCUGACUAGCAACACUACGAGUUUAACACCAGUCAUUACUGAACAAGUUGUUCGUCCUAUACUUUUAACACUGGGCAUGGUCAACCAAACAGUGUUACCUGUGGAAAACAAACAGCUGGACUCCUCAGAACAUCUCAUUACUAAUGGAAUUCAAGGUAGUGGUGCAGAUUUCAAACUUUACCAUCAAAAUCCAGAACUGUGGCGAUCACUUCCUCCUCAACAUUGGUCAACUCUUUUUGGGUACUAUAACAUUUCACUCUCUGGAAGGUAAU